CUCACCGGCUUCCCUCUGAGGCUCCUUCCUGGGAGGAAGGGGCUGCCCUGUGCCUGGCGCCUGAGUGACAGCCCGAGGGAGGGAAGGAGGCUGGGCAGGUGUUGCAAUCCGCAGCCCCUGGGCCUGUCACAGGCCGAGCCAGAGCCAUCAACGACAGGGCUGGGGAGAGAAGCCCGACGGUGGCUGUUUUCAGGAACUGGCCCAGAGAGGAGAGAAGAGGCCGGGGAGGCCGGGCAGGGGCCCCACGGGCUCCAGCCUCCAGCAUGGGGAAACCGAGGUUCAGAACGAUGAAGUAACUCAUCCAAGGUCACGAAGCUGACAAAGAAACUGAGGCUCAGCAAGAUCAAGUAACCUGGCCAAAGCCACGCUGAGGCAGAGCAAGGGCUAAGCUCAGUUCUGGUUCCAAAGCCCAUGACCUUCACCAUCCCCCUCUGCCUCCAGGUGAACACCAAACAGGCACAAUGGCAGGGCUAGGAUCCUGGAGUCUGAGCGUAGCUGCCCUGAUCGCCCUGCUGCUCCCCGGAAGCCGGGAGGAGUGCGGACGCAUCAACCUCCCAACCCCCACCGUCCACCUGGGGGAUCCCCUCACAGCCUCCUGCAUCAUCAGCCCCAACUGCAGCCACCUGGGCCCCGAGACACAGAUUGUCUGGAAAGUAGGAAGAGAGUCUCAACCCGGAAAGAGGCAACAGCGGCUGGAAGACGGAAGCCAGGAAUUCACGGUCACCAUACCCCGCCUCAGCAGCCCGCGGGUCCUGCUCUCCUGCUACCUGCGCUGGGGCCACAGCCUGCAGAUGCUGGACCAGGCCGAGGUGCAGGCAGGCUACCCUCCUGCCGCACCCCACAACCUGUCCUGCCUCAUGAACCUCACAACCAACAGCCUCAUCUGUCAGUGGGAGCCGGGACCCAACAGCCACCUGCCCACCAACUUCACCCUAAAGAGCUUCAAGAGCCGUGGCAACUGCCAGACCCAGGAGGACUCUAUCCUCGACUGCGUGCCUAGCGACGGCCAGAACCACUGCUCCAUCCCACGUAGACACCUGCAGUUGUACCAGAACAUGGGCAUCUGGGUGCAGGCGGAGAACGCGCUAGGGACCACAAAGUCCCCACAGCUGUGCCUCGUUCCCAUGGAUGUCGUGAAGCUGGAGCCCCCCACGCUGUGGGCCCUGCCCCCCAGUCCUGAGGCAGCCCCACCCCAGCCUGGCUGCCUGCUGCUGCGCUGGGAGCCAUGGAAGCCAAGCCUGUACAUAGAGCAGAAGUGCGAGCUGCGCCACCAGCCACGGCUGGGGGAAGCCAGCUGGGAUCUGGUGGGCCCCCUGCUCUCCCAGACCCUCCAGUACGAGCUCUGCGGGCUCCUCCCAUCCACGGCCUACGCCCUGCAGAUGCGCUGCACCCGCUGGCCCCUGCCUGGCCAGUGGAGCGACUGGAGCCCUAGCCUGACGCUGACCACCGCGCAACGGGCCCCCAUCGUCAGACUGGACACGUGGUGGCAGCAGAGGCAGCUGGACCCCAGGACGGCGGACAUGCAGCUCUUCUGGAAGCCAACGCCCUUGGACAGAUACAGCGGGCAGAUCCAGGGAUACCUGGUCAGACCAGCAGGCCCGGCAGGGGCAAGCCCACCCCUCUGCAACACCACAGAGCUGAGCUGCACCUUCCGCUUGCCCUCAGAAGCCCGGGAGGUGGUCCUUGUGGCCUAUAACACAGCCGGGACCUCCCAUCCCACCCCAGUGGUCUUCCUAGAGAGCAGAGGUCCGCCCCUGGCCGGACUCCACACCAUGGCUCAAGAUCCCCACAGGCUCUGGGUGGGCUGGGAGCCCCCCAGCCCUCGACCUCAGGGCUAUGUGAUUGAGUGGGGCCUGGGUCCCCCCAGCCCCAGCGGCAGCAAUAAGACCUGGAAGAUGGAGCAUAACGGAAGCAUUUCUGGGACCCUACUGCAGGGCCCUCACCGGGGCGCCCUACCCCAUUUUCUCUCCACAGAGAACAUCAGGCCCUUUCAGCUCUACGAGAUCACUGUGACCCCCCUAUACCAGGACAGCGUGGGGCCCUCCCGACACAUCUAUGCCUACUCCCAAGAGAUGGCCCCCUCCCGCGCCCCAGAGCUGCAUCUAAAGCACAUUGGCAAGACCUGGGCCCGGCUGGAGUGGGUGCCCCUGCCCUCUGAGCUAGGGAAGAGCCCCCUUACCCACUACACCGUCUUCUGGACGUCUUCUGCUCGGGGCCAGUCCUUCUCCACUGUGCUCAAUGCCUCCUCCCACGGCUUGGUCCUCCACGGCUUGGAGCCCGCCAGCUUGUACCACGUCCUCCUCAGGGCUACCAGUAAGGCCGGCGCCACCAACAGCACAAGCCUUACCCUGAUGACCUUGGCCCUAGAGGAGUCUGAGCUGCAUGUCCUCCUGGGCCUCUUUGGAUUCCUGCUCUUGUUCAUCUGUCUCUGCGGGGCUGCCCGGCUCUGCUGCAGACCCAGCAGAAAGAAUCCUCUCUGGCCAAGUGUCCCAGACCCAGCCCACAGCAGCCUGGGCUCCUGGGUGCCGAGCAUCAUGGUGGAGGAGACCUUCCAGCUGCCCAGCCUUCGGGACACUGGCAUGCCACCCAUCACCAAGAUCACAGUGCUGGAGGAAGAGGAGAAGAAGCCAGGGCCCUGGGAGUCAAAUGACAGCUCAGGGACCUGUGGCCUCCCCACCCUGGUCCAGGCCUACGUGCUCCAGGGGGACCCAAGAGCAUGUUCCACCCAGACCCAGCCCCAGUCCGGCACCAGUGACCAGGUCCUCUACGGGAAGGUGUUGGGCAGCCCCACCAGCCCAGGUCCAGGGCACUACCUCCGUUGUGACUCUACUCAGCCCCUCUUAGGGGGCCUUACUCCCAGUCCCAAGUUUUAUGAGAACCUCUGGUUCCAGACCAGCCCCCUGGGCACCCCAGAGCCCCUCGUCCCAAACCAGGAGGAUGACUGUGUCUUUGGGCCACUGCUUGACUUCCCCCUCCUGCAAGGGCUCCAGGUCCAUGGGGUGGAGGGGCUGGGGGGCAUCUAGCAUCCCCUGGGACCCCCACUUGGGCCUGUCUCUUGAGAGGUCUGGGCCAUCCAGAGGAGAGGAGAGUAUUAGUAAGCCCAUCAUGCAAAAAACCACCUAGUCCCAGAAGGGCAGUAAGGCUACAGGGUCUCCUCCCCAUCUCUGGCCCCCAGCAUCCUUCGUCUCUCUCUCCAGUCCCCACAGGCUGGGCCCUUAAUUUAGUGGCCACGGAAUGCUUCGUCCAACCCUGCCCACUAGCCUCUUGUGCUUAUUUCCUGUAAUCUCAGUCUCUUAAACUGGUUCAUGGUUUGGUUUGGUUUGAUUUUGAGAAACUCUUGAGUACGCCCGCACCUCUGUCCUUUUCCUUUUUAGGGUCCUAGCAGUGAUGGGGGUACUUAUCAGAAGUGUUCAUUUGCAUAUUCCUUCCUUUGCUCAUUAAUCCCCCCAGCCCUCACCCAGCAUGUAGGCCCUGUGCUGGCAGCGGGGAUUCAAAAAUGACUUGGCUCAGUCCGCCCUCAAAGAGUUCGCAUUCUAGUGGUAGAGACUCGAAGACUGCCCAUUAGGGCAGAGUGGCCAGGACUGAGGCAGGGAUCACAAAGUGCUGUGGGACAGGAGAAGAGACCUCAGAAAAGACUAUCCUUGCUGUGUUGGAGAAAAACAAAUAAAACCAUCUACUGGGGCGC